AUGCCUUCACCACGGCAUCCGCUAGGUGACCACUCACUGCCAUACACUGUCCACACGGAACUUGACAGUGACGACGAGGUUUCUUUGGACACAGACACAAUCACCGAUGGCGACAAUAUCACUGCAUCACCUUCUUCUAGAGGGUUGCACAAGUCACGUCCCCCCACGUUCAACCUCAACCUCCGCCACACCGUCGAUCUACGAGCCAUCACUUAUAAUGGCACCGUGGACGAGAACCUUGUCUGUCCGAUCUGUCGGUGCCCAUUUGUGGAUCCAGUAUUGACAGACUGUGACCAUGUAUUUUGCCGGCCAUGCAUUGACGAUGCUCUAUCCGAGAGCCAGCUUUGUCCUAUCGAUCGGCUACCGCUGUCUAGUGAUGCAGUUAGCCGGGCACCGAAAAUGAUUUUCAACCAACUGGAUGCUUUGAAGGCCAAAUGCCCUUGUUGUGGAGUUGUCCUUGCCCGAUCGAUGCUGGAGAGCCACUUAGAGAAGUAUUGUCUCGAGGCAGUUGUCAGGUGCCCUGGGGCGGAAUGUGUUAAGCUUGUGAAGAGGAAGAUUUCCGGUGAAGACUGCUUGCACUAUCCUAUGGUCUGUCCGGACUGUAAGGAAACUCACGAUGAGAUAGAUAUGGAAGCACAUCGAGAAAACUCAUGCAAUGAGCGGCUUAAAGCAUGUGAGCACUGUAGCGCCGAGAUUCUACGUUGCAAGGAGGAACAGCAUGAAGGUGAAUGUCCAGAUGUUGUUCAGCCUUGCAAAUGGGCCGAGUAUGGCUGCCAGGAUGAGGCAAAACGGAAGGACCUACCUUUACAUGCAGAUGAGUGUAGCUACAAGGCGAUGGGUCAAAUGGCGGAAACCCUGAAGAAGGAAAUCCGCAGUCUGCGGAGCGAGGUGCGCACUAUGAAUGAGACACACCACCUCCAAGAACGCCGCAUCAAAUUUCUCGAGGGCGGACAAAGAGCUUCAGACAGACCUCUGGACAUGAUGGAUCUAUCGCUCGCCAACCUCCCAGAAUCAACAGGCGCAGAUGCGUUAGAGUCGGGCCACGAAUACCUCUUAUCGUUGCUCGAAGCCCAACAAGGACGACUUAGCCAGCUCUCCGCCGAGGUGUCGGACUUCCAGGCAAAGAGCACUAUGAUGCUCUUUAAUGAAACGCUACCUAUCAAGAACGAGCUUGCUGAAUUGAGAAGCACUCAGCAGGUUACUUGUAUGCAUGUUCGCUGGCUGAUGAGAUUCCGGAUGCAAGAGAACCAAAGGCGUUUUGGAGGCGGACCUGGUGCUACGUCGAAUGGUGGAUCGGAUGGAGGAUCUAGCAGUGACUUGUCUAUGGGUCGGAGGCUGAGCGAUUCGUUAACGAGGGAUAUCAUCACAAAGCUCUGA